CGCGGAACAUAUAAGUCCUGUGUGAGUAUUGCACAACCCAAUGCGGAAUAAAUAAACACUGACAAAAGCCACGACUGCCAUCUGUCAGUCGUCUGUGGUUGUGGUUUGGAUUCAUCCGAGUUACAAACGAAGGCAAAAGAAGAUUAAAUGGGUUGUCGUGUGACCAUCCGUGACUCGGAUUAAUGCACAUGAGUGCCCACCAUCGGUUAUUGUAUGUUGCAUUCAGAAUGCGUGGCAUGUGCCGCCGAUUUCCUUUCCCGAUGAGACCUUCCGUCUCUGGGCGUGAUACUCACCUCGGGACUCCCGAUGCGAUGAGGGAUGUGGUUCGGAUUGAUCCGAGCUAUAUCACACGUUUAGGAGUGACGCGGAACUUACAGUCGCUCAACCGAUCUCAGGACGGCUCCGACCCUUUGCAACCACCGUGCGAGCCACUCUUGUUCGUCACCAUUCGCGCCGACAGAACGCGUCUCGCAGGGUCCAUCGUCCAGUGGGUCGACGAUGGCGAAUACAAUUUCAAGUUUACGUUGAAGAAGCAUUACAGAAGUGAUGGUUCUGUCGACGACAUCGCAAAGGGAUGCAAGGUUGCUGGGAGGAUGUUCGGCGGGUACGGCCGUCGUGCGAUGUCUUUGCCUCACUUUGUCCCGCUAGCGCCGGGGCACGACGAGGCCCUUCACGUCACAGACUUCCUCGAGGUCUGGGCGAAAUCUGGUACCUCUGUCAGUGUCAUGGACGUUGGACUUGGAACAUCGAUCAGUGGUCCUGUUGGGUUCGCGGGAGGAGAGUGGUCUGAAGGGGGGAUGGGAGGUCAGGGUGGCCUGCCAGAUAUGCCUCCUGAUCAAGAGGUGGGCAUGUCAGAAGACUCUGAGGACGACCAUCUGCGUGCUCCUUUGAAACCGGGCUUGCAUGUAUCUCGCCGCCACGGUUUGCUUGGGGAGUCGACGCCACAUGGAGGCGGCGAUGGCGAACGGUUGCGACAGGGCUCAGAAUCGACGACUCCUCGUGGUCUGGUUCGGGAGGUGCGUGGGUCAGAUGAGACAACUGGCCAGGCCCGACCAGCGCCGGCGCAACUGCAGACGGAGUUGAGCCAGGAACGAGAAGCAAGUGGGAACGUCGCCGGUGAGGAGGAGGUGUCCGAGCAGGGGCCGUUCCGUGAGAGAUCGACUGAAAAGACUCAGUCGGGAGGCAAGCGCAACUUGCCAGAUGAGGAAGAGCGCGAGGGAGUAGGUGCUCUGAAAAGGCAGAGAAAGGCAGGAGGGAGUGCUCGGACGCCAACAACACGAGAGGGCGGUUCCGUUGAGAAGAGGAAAAGGGUUGGAGGUGGGGAUAAAACACCAAAAGACUCGUCGAUACGGCGAAGAACCGGUGAGUCUUCCGGAAAACGGUCGAAAUCAUCGAGGGGAAAGAAAGCAGACGAGGGCGACAGCGGGGAGGAGGAUGACGACGUGGAGAUUAACCUCAACGCCUUUAACCUCGACAAUGCGUUCUUCCUCGAGAUGCAGACAGGGGUGCAGAAGGACGUCGUGUUGCACAUCCAUCUCGAAAGAAUAUUAGCUAUUCCAGACUGGGAAGACGCAUACAACCACCGAUCCUUGGACGAGUUCCUCGUUGAUACCAUCGCGUCGGCUAUCAUCGACUGCUACGAACGCAAAGACAUGAGAUACACGAAGCCCAUUUUCGUUCUCGCUCCGAUCGUCGCGCCUCCAGAGAACGGCGAGCCUGCUGUGCGCAUGCUGCCUGCUGACUUCGACAACUCACACCCGAAAAAAUGCUGGUAUUAUCCUGUGUGUGGACAGCAUAACACGAGGGCGGCGAUGAUGGUGAAAGACCAUCCCGUGUUUGAUUACUACAACUUCUAGGGGGGCUCUGUACAAGGACGGCGAGCGGAAUCCGAAUCAGUUGUGCAAUCAGCUUCUUUUCUUCUAUGGUGUGGCGGAUGCCGUGCUGUUCUUGGGCAAGCCGCACGCGCAGGUGGUGUGGAGUCUGCUUCAGCAGGAAGGCACGUCUUGGCCGUGGAUGGGGACACAACGCAGCUCGAAUAUACCGUGCAGUAUGUCACCCAUGAAGUGUCGUCCAAGGCUUACCCAUGCGAUUUCCACCAUGUCGUGGUCGAGCCCGUUUAUGACCCGAACAAGGACAUGUUCUUCAAGUUGACUCCGAAGAAAAGGCGCCAGGUCUACUCGUUCCUUUACGGCGAACAACCAAGGUUGAGAUUUGACCCGCAGUACGUGGUGCGGAAGGAAGUCGCCAUUGCGGUCAUCCUGGGAUACCACGGAGCGAGUCGGGCCGGCGCUGUGAGCUUCAUUAAGAGGUUGGAAUAUGUCUUUUUUAACGAGGAUGUUGUCGAUCCGUCCGACUUAACUUUGGAUAAGUACAAGCUGGCAUUCGAUGAGGAGGACGACUUCAAUAUCGAGACUGAGCAGGAGGAGAGCGUUGAGGACGACCUCUUCGAUUUGGACGGGCAAUUGGCCAUCUUCAACGCCCAAGUUUCUGAGUUGCCAUCAGUAUGCAAACUGGGGACACCUCUCGCUACACCUACCUCGGGCGGUCCCACGCCCGUGUCCUCCUCAGCGCCUGUCAGAACGGGUGGGUUGUCCCAUCUGAGAAGUUCGCCGGGGGAGCCUAUUCGUCUCACACCGCAGCCCGAACGUCUUCGACCCGACCAUCUAGUUCCUCCGGACCAUCCGCAUCUCAAGGCUCCUGCGACUCCCUUCCACAUGGGCUACAAACACACCUUCUCCACAGCCGAAGAUUGGGGCCAUGAUAACUCAAAUAAAUGGCUGGAAGUGUCCUCUGCGUUCUACGCCCUUCCGUCAAGCCCGUCAAUUAAGCAAGUGAGUUGGGAGUUGCCUGAGGUCACCCCGCCGGCAGGAGUUGUGAAGCGCAAGUCUCGCGGAAAGGACGGCGACGGGGAUGGUGAAGGCGGCGGGCAACGAGGUACCAGAGGUGGAAGUGAACAGCGUUCGACGAAACAGCGGUCUCCGGGGCACGCAUGCGGCGGAGAGGGGAAGAAGGGCAGCCAGGAGAAGAAAAAGCCUCGCAGCGGAGAAAAGACGAAGCAUCACCGAGGAGACGGGCAGGGGUCCGAUGUCGACCGCGACGAGGACGGUGGGGUUCUGGUGGUAACAGGCAACACCUCAAUGGAGAUGGGGAACGACUUGAGGCCUGAGUGUAUUACGCGGCCUGGCGAGCAGGACCCUGUGAUUAGCUCCACCAGCGAAACACAGUUUGUCGAUGCGGUUGGCGGGGCGGGUGUCGCAAAGCAUGAAACAUGCUUCGCUCAGCUCCAAAAACGGUUGGCGGAUUGUCUCGGAUCAAUCCGAACCUCAGAGACGACGUCGUUGUCUGGAACUCAGUGCCUUCCGGGAAGCGAGACGACAACAUACCACGGGUCUGGCAGCGACAAGCUGGAACCGUGUUCCGUUUCGCCUCAAAAGGAAGUUCGGAUUAAUCCGAACCGCGAAGGCCGUGCCAUUGAGGGAGCACAGCUGUCUACAGAACUCGAACGAGUGGUCCGUGUUUCCAAGAACCCUGGCGACGAAAUUCAGAUUCAUCCGAACCAGGAAGUCGUGUCUACCAUGAUAGACGAUCGGUGUCAGGAUGCAGUAAUGCUGUGCGUGGAAGCCCACAAGGAGUUGCAGGCGGACUGUCCGGCCGAGGGUGAGUUGGCGACCAGUUCCAAUGUUGAGCCCAACACACUCGUAGCCGAGUUAGCAGUCGUAAGCGACUCCCCGGUGAAAGUGGUUAUGUCGGUGUCAUUGGAAACUGCGGGGGUUCGGAUGAAUCCGAACCAGGGCCCUAUGAACAUGUCCCUCCCUGAUGCAUCUUUGGAGACGACCGUGAUUCGGAUUCAUCCGAGGCACACGGACGAAGGACUUCAACUGGUAGGCGUUGAGGGUUGUCGACUACUGACGACUUUGGACAAGGACAAUUCCGCCAACGACCGGAUUGAUCCGACACUCAGCGACAUCGGGGUGGAGCUACCAGUUCAGCCGGGAUACGACGAUCCCUUGUACUCCGCCCUUCACAACGAGGCGAUGGGGGAGGACGUUGUGAAGAAGGCCUCUGAUGCUAUUGGAGAUAGAUUUCUCUAUUUGAGUGACGACGACAAAGACACAGCAUACGGGGACAAGAAGUUAAGGGGGGGAGAGGUGUUGUUGGACAUCCAUGGGACAUUGAGCCCAACACAAUACGACACAGUGGCAAUGGAGAAAACACAACCUGUCGAUGUUGUGGACGUCGACGCUCUUUGUCCGGAGACGAAUAUACUGUCUACGGUCAUCGACGCCGACAUCUCGAGCCUGUCAAGUUUCCCUGUGGGUUUGGAGCACGUCGUCGCCGCGUCGACGCGCGCAGGGGUGCCAAUCAUGCUGGGACUGCCAUCGGUGGGCUCUGGUGAAGUGGUAGCUAGGCCUGGUAAGCACUGACUUUCUCUGCUUUCUUUCCGCUCGUCAGCCCGUUCGUGAAGUGUUGUUUGCUUCGUCGAUUUCGGGGAGGUGUAUAGGCGGCCGCCAACU